GUCACCCUGCCAGCGGAGGAGUGGAUGGCCUCUGUAAUAAAAAUACAUGAAGAGAAUUGAGGAAAAGGAGAAGAUUGGCCGAGUGAGGAGGAGGGGGGGGAAAGAGGCAACAGCACGGCGCCGUUGAUUCCUUUUUCUUCUCACCAUCCAGCUGACCGAGCCCUGCGGACCCGAGCGCCUUUUAAACGCCGAGCUGGGAGCUGUGUUUCCCCCCGCAGGCAUCGACAGCUCCGCGCCGAGGAAUGCUGUGUUAUGCGUGGCUUUCUUGGGGGUUUUUUGAGCAGACAACACAGAGAUAACUGUACUGUAUCCCAGCCUAGCGGAUUGGAGUGAAAGUCCGCCAUAUUCUGCCUUACCACGCCCGGGAGUCGAGCCGCUGGAAAACAAACGGACAGCCUUAUUCAUGGCUCUUUCUGCUCGUCCACAUCCACUAACUUGAACACGGAGGAGGUGGAUUUGGUUGAUCGAGGGGGGAAAUAUCAACAUUGGAGACUUUGAGGAGAGCUUGUUUGGCCGGGGCUCGGAUGACAAUGCUUUAACGAGAUCUCGCAGAGGAUGUGUCUUAAAAGGAUCUGUUGAUCAUAUUGAGACGGAGGGGGGAAAAGCAGAUUACACCAAUUAAGACUACACCGAUAUUCAACCCGAAACCGCUUUGGACGCUGGUUUAUUUAUUUUUCUCCGAUCCGUCCGGAGGCCCCCCUUUAAAAAGCGAACCGAAACAAGGGGGAGGGGGGGUCAGUAAUUACUGUAAAUAUCUUAAAUUUUCCUAUUUUUGUCUCAAUCUGCGCGCUGCUGGGGCUCAUUAUAAAGGGCGUCCACGCGUUAUUUCACCACAACUAGGCCUGUAUGAGGACGUUAUUUGGCAUUCACAGGCCUCUGGGUUUUUUUUCCCUUCACCCCUGACGAAUCUGAAAUCUGGAUGAAUCAGUAAAGAGGAAAAAGGCGAAAAGAAAAAGUGAGUAACUGUGUUUAAAGGGAAAAAAACUGCAUAAAAAGGAGAGAGAAUGACCCUAGAAUCCAUAAUGGCGUGUUGCCUCAGCGAGGAGGCGAAAGAAGCCAGGCGGAUCAACGACGAGAUCGAAAGGCAGCUCCGCCGGGAUAAGAGGGACGCACGCCGGGAGCUGAAACUGUUGCUUCUCGGCACUGGAGAAAGUGGGAAGAGCACAUUCAUCAAACAGAUGAGGAUUAUCCACGGCGCCGGUUACUCCGAUGAGGACAAAAGGGGUUUCACCAAACUGGUCUAUCAGAACAUCUUCACAGCCAUGCAGGCCAUGAUCCGAGCCAUGGAGACGCUCAAGAUCCCGUACAAAUAUGAGCACAACAGGGCUAACGCUGGCGUUGUGAAAGAGGUGGACGUAGAAAAGGUCACCAUGUUCGAGAACCCUUACGUAGCUGCAAUCAAGAGCUUAUGGGUUGACCCGGGCAUCCAGGAGUGUUACGAUCGAAGGAGGGAGUACCAGCUCUCAGACUCCACUAAAUAUUACCUGAACGCAUUGGACCGGAUCGCAGAACCAUCCUAUCUUCCCACCCAGCAGGAUGUGUUGAGGGUUCGAGUCCCUACUACGGGAAUUAUUGAAUACCCAUUUGACCUGCAGAGUGUCAUAUUCAGGAUGGUGGAUGUUGGAGGUCAGAGGUCAGAAAGGAGGAAGUGGAUCCACUGCUUUGAGAACGUCACAUCCAUCAUGUUCCUGGUAGCCCUCAGCGAGUACGACCAAGUUUUGGUGGAAUCAGAUAACGAGAACCGGAUGGAGGAGAGUAAAGCUCUGUUUAGGACAAUAAUCACAUACCCCUGGUUCCAAAACUCCUCCGUCAUUCUGUUCCUCAACAAGAAGGACCUGCUGGAGGAGAAGAUCAUGUACUCUCACCUGGUUGACUACUUUCCAGAGUAUGACGGUCCGCAGAGGGACGCCCAAGCAGGGCGAGAGUUUAUCCUCAAGAUGUUUGUGGACCUGAAUCCAGACAGCGAUAAGAUCAUCUACUCUCACUUCACCUGUGCCACUGACACAGAGAAUAUCCGAUUUGUCUUUGCGGCCGUCAAAGAUACCAUCUUGCAGCUCAACCUAAAGGAGUAUAACCUGGUGUAGAGCCGAGCAGGGCUUCCAGCAGCAGGCCCUCAACACACACUGACUGACGCAAUCUGUGAAAAGAUAGAUCAUAUACACACACACAUUAAAAAAAAUCAGAGAAAAAAAAAUCGAAUGGUUGCAUAAUACUAAUUUAUUUGCCAUUUGUUGACCUCUUGGUCCCCAAGAGGGGGGCGGGAAUUAAUGUUAUCUUGCUAUUUAAGGAGUUGAUGAAAAUAGGGAUACGGGGCAGGAUAUUUGCAAGGGUUGUGGAAGGAGCUGGAAUAGAGGCAGUGUUUGCUCCGUUCCUCCUGCCUUUUUAUACACGAGAAGAAAGAAAGGUUUCAUUCCUUUUUUUUUUUUUUAAAACCCUCCCUCCUUACCUGUCGUUUCAUUCUGAAGCUUCACCGUGGGCCAUUUGUCCCAACAAGAAAUAUAUCAGCUCUCCAAUUGACAGCUUCCUUUUCCUUUAAUAGACUGAUUGGCAAGUCUCUUGGCAAGUAGGCAUAAACUGUGAUUUUUAAAUUAUUUCAAAUCGAUGUCAUAUUGAUUGACUUUAAUCAUUCUUAUUAUUGCUUUACUUUGGUACCAUUCAAUGAAUAGAACAUGUGUGACUGUGGAAGUAGAUUCCCCAUAAUUUGAGGGGUCACAUGUUGAGCGAUGAUAGCUCUCUACCCUCGAUAAUAGCCGUGAAGUUCAGAAAUGUGAGAGAAUUUGGCUUUAAAAAUGCCUUCUGAGCUUUGACCGACAAGGUGAGGAGGCGCACAGACAUCUGUCAUGUCAGGGUGAAUUAUGAUGGAUGGCAGUCACUUUACACAGACUGAAGGUAGGCGAGGAGGUGGUAAUUUAUGAGACAAUAUUAUUAAAUGAUUACGUUCAACCGUGCCACAUUAGCGCUGUUUAAUAUUGUAAUAUAUAUGUUUAUUGCCAAUGCCAAAACAGCUCAAGCACCAGACUCCACUUUGCGUGUUAACUACUUCAGAAUGAAAUUUAAAAAAGUGUUGAGGACAGGACAGGGCAGGGCUACAGAAGGAACGGAGUGACAGACGUCAUCAGCUCGCGUAUCCAUUCACCCACUGAUCCCUGCAGUUUUUGAAGUAUUCAAUGAAGUCUGCAGUAUUCUUCCCACUGAGCAGUGUGGACUGAUUUAAGCGAAAGGAAGCAGCCAACCAGCGCAUCGAACUGCUUGAACUGUCCAAUCACAACCUUGCGCAUGGCUACAAACCCCGCCCCUCCCACCUGCGGGCUAUCCAGUCACAUUUUAGCUGUGUCUUUGUAAUUGUCCAAUCACAGCCCGGCUGUCUUGACUGUUGUAGUUAACUAGCAGUGGAGAAUAAAUUUGGCUAGUUCCUAUGUAAAAGGGCAGAGUGUUGAUGUUCAGUUUGUACCAAAGUAAGCCCUUCUUGUUUCUGAUUGGCACAUCUGAUUUACAAUUCCUCAUUCCCAAGUUACUUUAAGUAUUUUUUUUCUAACAGUUCCCAAGAACAUAAGCCUGUAAUUUACAUUUAUUGAGGCAUAGUGCAAUUAUGAAUGCUAUAAUCACUGUACAUACAUCUCUCUAUAUAUAUGGCAGCAUCUUUGUUGGCUUUGUAAUCAUUACUUUUUUGGCAGAUUGAAUGUGCGGUAUUGAAAAUAUGUAUCUAUGUAAUUGUAUGUCUAAUGGCUAAAACUUUUUUUUUUGAAGAAAAAAAUUUGUUAUUUACAUGUUUGUUUUUGUUUCCUUUUUUAAGAGGAGAAUGUAAAUUUUGUGUUUUGCCAGUUUUGUUUCUCAGCAAAGAAACAUUGUUCAGCUUCAGAACUGCAUAAAGAGGAAUAUUACUAUCCAACAACAGAUCAAUUGGUAUACCAGUAGUUACACUAGGCGUUUUGUUAAAUUGACUUUUCUAUGAAAAACUGCAGACUGAAUCUGAUCUACAGGGCUAAUUGUAAUAGUUUAGUUCUUAACUGGCUUCAGGAACAGAGCACUUGUCAUAUAGGUGUGAUUACAUCACUCAUUAACUCAUAUUCUUUUCUAUUUCAUUUCAUCACACAGCUUCUCACUAAGUAUUGAAAUUCCUCUGUCCACCCUGCACACCUCGAUCCUAAAAAGUGUUGCUUUUGGUCCGAUUUUUGAUGAAAAGAAAUCUUGUUAAGAAGUUAUAAUUAUCUUUUUGUUUCCCAAAAACUGAUAGAAAGUCAGUAUUGUGCGUCUGUCACACAAACAUGCAAAAGUUUACUCAUCCAUUUGGCCUAAUUAGGAUGGUACAUAUAUAGGUGUUUUUUUUUUAUUUCCUUUUUGUACUUAAUUUCCAUCUUGAUUGCCACAGUUUCAUUAGAAUGUACAGUAUUAUUUUCGACUUUAUUUAUGAAAUGACAACAUAAGAGAAAACACAGUUCACGUGUACAUAUUGCCUUAUUGAAUAAGCUGUGCCUCUGAAGCCCCAUGCAAGGCACCUGUGUUUUUAUGAGAAGUAAAGCUAGUGCAGCCAAUAAUGUCCUGUUGUGCAGCUGGAGGAUUGUUUGGUCUUGGCUUGGUGGUCUUUGUUACUCUGUGCUGUAAGAAGCCCUGGAGACAGCUUUGAAGUGUAGCUCAUGUAGCUAAUAUGACAUAACUACAGGACGUUAUAAGCACAUCAUGAGUGAAUUGUAAUCAGAACACUCUUUCUAUUGAUUUCAUAAUAUUGUCACAUCUGAUUCAUGUCUUAAAACCCAUACCACAGUGCAUUAAGAUGCAUUGAACUGCCUGAUGUGGCUGUGAUUAAACAACAGUGCCCCUACACAGCAGGAUGUGUAGAAUGUGCUCACAAGGUGUCACAGUCUGGACUCAAAACCGUCAGCAGCCACCUGCUGAGUGUUUUGCCACGUUUGGCUGUGUUCUGGCAUCUACCAGCUGCUUUGGCAGGUAACCAGCCUGCACUCAGAGGUCCUGUUGUUUUCAGAUAUUUCAGCUGGCUGGUGAAAUUGCCUACAAGGAUGGUUGCUUUUGGCAGGUAGCAACCACUGCAACAAGUUAACUUCCAGUCUAAUUCACAGUGUACUUGUAAGAAAAUGAAGGUCCCACAAUAACCACUUAUCAACAGCAGGGCCUAAUAGGAAAAACUCGGGCCUAGUUGGACACGCAUUUUACUGAAUGUUGAAAUGGUGUUCAUGUGAUUCUGCUUAUUGCCAGGGGAGAUGUUUUGAAGCUGGACUAUAGUUUCAACUUGUCAGUGUUGAUGAUCGCUUGUUGUAGACUUGCAGUAAUCAGUAACUUGUGUCCCUGCUGUUGUAAAGUGGCUAUUUACACUGUCCCUGUUGCUUAAAGGGAAAAUCCUUGUUCAAACAAUUCACAUACUGCAUUCAGAGACCACACAGCUCCGUCUGUGAGCCUCAAUCAGGAGUUCACAUAAACGUUACAAAACCUGCAGUGAUCUGACAGAUGUCAGAUUUUUUGUUUUGUUUUGUUAAGAUUUUGCUUACACAAAAAUGGUGGUAGGUUACAAAAUUCUAUCUUAAAUUUGAAGAAAUGUAAGCUAUAGUUGGAUUUUGUAAUACAUUUGAGCCACAAAGGCCUGGUUCCAAGCUUUGUGAGGUUCAUGUUCACAUGGUCACUCUGAGUCUGUGAGUUUUGUUGAGGCUGGAUUUUCCCUUUAAGAGAGCAAAGACUGCAGCUGAUGUUGACUUGACGACACACACACACCUCUGCUGCUGUUCAAAUUUAAUGCAGUAUGUUCAAGAGCAGUUCAGUGUUAUGCAUAUUGAGAACUGCAGGGUUGGGAAAACUAACUUCCCAUAAACUGCUCUUUUAUUCGAGUGUCAGACACAUCAUCCGAUUGCUUUCAGCUAGCCUACUUUUGGGUUUCUUUGUCUCCAGAUCCUGAAGAUAUGAAGUUUAAUGACUAACUUUGAAAUAGUGUUAUGAUGAUCUCCAAUCAUAAUUGUGUAAAAUGUUUCCUGUAUCCAUAAACUCGCACUCCUUCAACAUGUUUCUGAAUGAAGCAACAUGUUUCUUUUCAA